UCUUUGCUCUAAUCAUCCAAGGCGGUGAGCAAGCCUUCCGAGACCCUUUUCAUUCGCUUUCGGAUUUCUCUCUGUCGCCGUCCAUUUUCGGCUGCAGUGUGAGUCGGGAAAGCUACGGUGAAUGACCCACGACGCCUCUUCGCUUAAUCAUUCCACAUGCGCCUGCCCCAAAUGGUGUCGUGCCAUGUUUACGCCCAGAAUCAUCGGAAAGUCGCCCCCUUUGUCUAAAAUGAUAGCUCAGCUUGGUCACCGUCUCCUAUGCCCUCCUUGUGUUUGCGAAAAGUCCCGAACCAACAUCAACCCGUCUUCCGAGUCCUUGAGGGUUCGAUGUUUUGGCCACUCGAGCUUCGACUGCGGCCCGAGAACCCCAGCCGCCGAGCUGGGUGAAUCGGCACGUGCCCACUUGGCUCACCGGUUCUCUCGUGCUGCCAGGGGCAGGGCGCAGGACGCCCUCUUCGAUUACUUGCACUGCACCAGGAGCUUCAGCUUUUCCGAUGCCGAAUACAUUAGCAAGAACUCGCCGAAUUUCGUGCAGGAUCUGCUCUCCAAUGUCAAUGCUGAAAGAGAUGUUUCUCCGGCUAUAGAAAGGUUUCUUAGGUAUAAUCCUAUCAAUGAGUUCGAACCGUUCUUCGAGAGCUUGGGCAUGCGCCCAUCCGAGCUGCAGCCGCUUCUUCCUCGGAACAUGAUGUUUUUAAGUGACGAUCAUCUCAUGCUUGAGAAUUUUCAGACUUUGUGUAAUUAUGGGAUUCCGAGGAACAAGAUCGGUAAGAUUUUUAAAGAAGCUGGAGAUAUUUUUCAGUAUGAUAUUGGGGUGUUGCCAUCAAGAUUGGAGGAAUACGAGGAUUUAGGUCUCAGUAGAUCAACAGUUAUCAAGUUGGUGAUAUGUUGCCCUACGAUGUUGGUCGGUGGCAUUGAUUUACAGUUUGUUGAGGUCUUAGAUAAACUGAAAGGGCUUGGUGUAGAUAUUAACUGUAUCGGUGAGUAUUUAUCUGAUAAGAAAAGAUACAGUUGGUGCAGAAUUCUUGACACCAUAGAGUUCCUUGAGAAAGCUAGUAAUGGAGAGAAUCAGAUGUGGGAAUUAUUCAAGAGAAAUCCUGCUUUCCUGUUCAAUGGCUCAGGGAGGAAGGUGUAUGUGGUUUUUGGCCUAUUAUUGAAAGUGGGCAUCAAUGUGGAUGAGGCUUAUGUACUGUUUGCUGAAAAUCCCUUCAUUCUGUCUGAGAAGUCCUUGAAAAACAUCUCAAAAGCUGUCAGCUUUCUGGUUGAAAUCAGAGUGGAAUUGGAUUUAAUAGCCAGUAUAGUUUCCGACCACAUGAAGCUUUUGGCCUCGUCUUCCCUCAAAGGACCCAAAACUGUUUGUAAAGAAUUGAAAGUUGUAAGAGACUGCUUGGCUAUUAUGAUAAAGGAAGAUCCUUUGAAAUUGUUCCAGUUGGCAUCCAAGUGGAGGGUAGGGACGCUGUACCAAGAUCCAACUAAAUACAUAGAGAAAAAAACAUUCUUGAUGAGGUUAGGCUUUGUUGAGAACUCAGAGGACAUGGCGAAAGCAUUGAAACGGUUUAGAGGAAGAGGGGAUCAGUUGCAGGAAAGGUUUGACUGUCUCGUACACGCUGGUCUGGACUUCAAUUUGGCCUCAAAAAUUGUUAAACAAGCUCCUACGGUGCUGAACCAGACGAAAGAUGUCAUUGAGAAGAAGAUUGAUUGCUUAAUCAACCAAUUGGGCUUUCCACUCGAAACCCUUGUGGCCUUUCCAGCAUAUUUAUGCUAUGAUAUGGAGAAAAUACAAAAAAGAGUAUCAAUGUACCUUUGGUCAAGGGAUAGAGGUGCGGUCAAGCCAAUGAUGUCCAUCAGCUCCAUCCUUGCGUGUUCAGAUGCUCGUUUUGUACGGUAUUUUGUAGAUGUUCAUCCUGAAGGUUCAGUGAUGUGGGAAAGUAUAAAACAGUCACCACAUUCAGCCUAAAGAUACCCUUCCUGACAUUCUUUUUAGUGUAGAUUCUCUGAUGCCAGCAGUGUACCCAAAAUUACUAAAAAUGCUUUCAAUGAGAGCAUUUUGGUACGAGGUGCUGGGUUCUUUCGCCACAAAAUUAAGUAAAUGAAAAUGUUGCCAGAUGCUUUCAUGG